UUGACAUACCUUCAUCAACAUCAUCCUCUUCUUCCUCCCCUUUUCCCACUCUGGCCUUUGCCCAGCCUCUUCUCAGUUAUCUGUUAACAUGUUGUUGCUGCUACGGUUAGCUGUUUAGGUUGUUGCUUGUGUUGUUGGCGGUUGCCUUACAUUCAGUGUGUAUUUUUUACCUCGAUUAAAGUGAAUUCCGUUUUCUAUCAAAUCAGACAGUUUACUGUGACUCUUUUGGAGUUUAAAUUGACUGGAAUCGCUGGAUUGACAUCUAAUUGUGAUCAAAUUGUGACAACAAAAUUACAUUGGAGUCCAAUUGUAAACCAAACCUUUGAUUGUAAGGACAAUCACACCAACCAACCUGAUUUUAUGUGAUCAACAGCCGGUUCAAUAAAGGACCAUGAUUAAAGUACAAUCCUUUUUUAUCCUCUAUUUAACUCUUUUGGCUUUUACUUUAGUCCCAUUAUCCUCAGCUGAUGAUGAUGAUUCCUCUUCCUCCUCCUCAUCAACAGUUACAACCUCACCUAAAUCAUCCUCUUCAACGUCCAUUUUAAAACGAACCCCUAAAACAUCUAAACCCUCAACAUCCUCAGUUUCAAUGGCAACACAUCCUCCUUGGCCAUCACGAUCCACUGAGUCAUAUGGAUCAUCAUCAGUUUCCAGAGCCACUCAUCCUCCGUGGCCAACUCGAGGAUCAACAACCUUUGAUCCUUAUGCCGAUUUUUACUCAUCUCGGGCAACUCAUGCUCCUUAUCCACCAGUUAAAAGAGCCACUCAUCCACCAUUCCCACCGCUAAAGAAAGGUUCAUCUGGAGAAUCGUCUACUUCAUCAUCAAUCAGCUCAGGUCUGGCAAGUAGCAUUGUUAAAAAGCAAUUACUCAAAAUUGAUGCUGACUCGCUUCGUAACUGGCUAAAGGAAGCCUUUGCCUACAUUGCUGCACCACUUUUCAUGCCUUCCGCCAUAACCAAAGCAAUCAAAGCUCCUCCCGGUCUAGCAUCACCAAGUCGUUCCCUUUGGUCCAAAAUGAUUGCUAGCUUUCGAUCAGUAAUUCUCAAGAAAAAUGAUUCCGAAGAAAGUGAAAAGGGUUCAACAUCAUCCAGCUCAAAUGAGGACAGAACAGAUCAAUUGAAGGAAAAUGUGGCCACAUUUUAUCGUAAAUUGGCUGAGAAAAUGGCAUCUUCUUCAUGGGCAACCAUUUUAUCCGGUAAAAAGGCACAUAAACGUAAUGUAAGGUCCAUUAAACGACGAUCUUUCAGAACAAUUUAA